AUGAUAAAGAUUAUAAUUUUGUUUUUUAUUACAGCAUUUUGCAAGUUAAGAAUCUCAUACCCUCCAGAACUAUCUAAUCUUUAUCCUGAUAAUAUCGUCCCUUCUGUUACUGCUAAUCUUAGAAAAUUUCCAAUUUACACUCAAGGCAGUGUAGGAUUUUUACCAAACGAUACAAAUCCAUGUGACAAAAGCUCAUGGCCUCAAUUUUCUAAUUGCACAGUGUUUGCUAUUAUGAAUAUAACUUGCGAUUACUCAACUGUUGUUGACAUUGCCGAAGAAAGAGGAGCCCAAGGUGUCAUUUUUGUACUAAAUUUGACUAAUUCAAGAUUAAAAGAAGUUUUGAUAUCUACAGGCAUUCAGACUACUAUAUUUGUUGCAGGUAUUUCAAAUGAGUAUAUUGAUAUAUGAAGAAAAUUCAAGCAGGGUACAAUAUUGGUUGAAUUCGAUCACGACUGGAUAUUUCAGGAAAAACCAAGAAUUUGAUAUCACUUACGGAAAAUUAUAAUUAUGAUGCAGAUUUUAUUAAGGAAUGAUAUUUGUAUUUAUUUCCUAUUUAUAAAAAUGAUGUGUAUAUAG